UAUAGAUACCAAAGGCGAAAUUUCGAUUGCAUCCUCGGUAUUCGCUGAAGAUAUUAUUCAGGAUAAAUUACGAUGAGUAUAACUGAAAUAUGUAAGAAUGCCUUUAAUUCCACCAGCCUCCUUAUGGGAUAUUCAUCAAGUUGCAUCUUGGAUAGAAGAUAUAGGCUAUCCUCAAUACAAAAAGUGUUUCAUUGAAAAUCGAAUUGACGGAUGUAACUUGAUAAAAGUGAACAGCACAACACUUCCAAAUCUUGGUGUGAGAAAAUUCGAAGACGUUAAGGAUAUAGCGUGUAAAGUGAGAGAACUUUUAAAUCUGGAAGAAACGAAAUCUUCUCAAAACUUGUAUUCACCUGAACGAGACAUUAUGGGGAUGUACUUGGAAGCCAGAAGCUACACUGGAAGUCCAUUAUGCAAGCUCUCCUUCCCCAGAUUUGUCUACACAACACAACAUGCGAUUUGGAAGCCUCCACUAACUAAUGAGGGAAUCAUAUUUCAACACAAACACUAAUUUGUGAGGAUGACAGAGGUUAAAGCAACUUUCGAUUCUCGACUCAUUAUAUCUGGAACUUACUGUAACAUGGAUCAUGAGUUACCAAGAUCGAUGCUCAGGAUAUUAGUAGAUUUCCUCGAAUUAAAAUUAUUAUACCUGUAUUUAGGUAGUUUUCUAUUUGGAGUGUAGUCUUAGUUCAGUUGUUUUUACCUGCAAACACUUCACUAAAUGGAACCUAGAAUAUAUAUAUAACAAUAAUACUAAACAUAUGAA